AUGAUAGUGCAAUUCCUGCACCUGUCGAGCUAUGGCAUUCUUUUCGGCGCGCAGGUCUUUCAGACAUUUAUAAACGGCAUUGUCGCAUUCAAAGCGCUAGGACGACCGUAUUUCGGCGUUCACCAGGCGGCGAUAUUUCCUGUUUAUUUCUCGCUGCAGAGUUUUCUGCCUGUUCUUGUUGGGUUGACUUCUACAACAAGCCUGGAAAAUGGGCUAAAUUGGAAGAGUGGGAGGGUUAUGGGCGCGGUAACGGUUACCGGGUUGAUUAAUUUGGUGGUGUUUCGGCCUUUGACGCAGGGUGCAGUUAGGGCGAAGAAUGCUCAGGAAUUGAGGGAUAAGAGGAGGGGAGGAGAUGGGCCUUCGAAGGAGUUGGUGGCGCGCAACAGCCGGUUUAUGGUGAUUCAUGCGAGUUCGAUCUUGAUUAAUGUGAUCGGGCUGCUCGCGACGGUACAUUAUGGGAUUGGGCUUGGGAUGAGGUUGUCCUGA